CAACAACAUAACAACACUUCGGGAUUCUUAAACCACAAGACGACCACCCAGUCGCAAACUAGCAUUACCGUGUUUCUAACCUUUAGCGAAUCAAGAUGAGCGAAGAGGCAGAACUUCGCGCCAAAAUCGCGGCACUCUCAGGACGGAUCAAUCAGCAACGACAAGUUGGUAGUGCGCCGCCUACUCCCACCUACCCUCCGCCAGCUGGACGUGGAUCGGGCUACUAUCCGACAGGCCGUGGAGCUGGAUGGGCUGGCCAGUACGUGCCUGAUCGAUACGCGCCGUAUCACCAACCUCGCGCCUACCCUCACAAACCUGUGCACCGCAACCGCACCCUCGUAGUUAACAGCUCCGUUGGCGCCCCUGCCAGCCAACAGUCCUCUCCAGCAACGCCCGCUGUUACCCCCUCGUCCAGUCAGUGGGUCUCGAAGCGCGACCGCCACAUGCAGCUCAUCAACACUGCUGUUUACGAUCAGAAGACGCAACAGCGUCAACUAGAGAUAGAGGCCACUGAGCAAGAAAGACAGCGUCUUCGCGACGUGAAAGAGAAGGCCAAAGUCAUCAAGGCCUUCCAGGCUCACUCCACUGGUUCUACUCCCUACGGCGCUGCGUCGUCUGCAUCAACAGCCGCCGUCCACGACAUCCAGAUCAACAACCUCCGCUUCCGCGUCGCCGCCGAUGGAAGCAAGCUUAUUCGCAUGUUCGACGAUUCAAAUACAGAUCCUGGAGCUACACCAAAAUCUGCCAAAGUCGCUGGUGUCACCUUCCACAGGAGCAAGAACGGUAACCUAUACCGUGCUGGUCUGGUAAAGAAAUCUUUGAGGGAUAACAACAUCAAAAAGAGCUCGGAACUGUGUUCAAUGUUCACUUCUACGGGUAUGUGUGCCAACGGCAAUCGCUGUCACUACACGCAUGAUCCGAACAAGACCGCCAUCUGCAAAGAUUUCCUCCGAACUGGCCGUUGCGUUGCUGGUGAAGCUUGCAACCUCUCCCAUGAAUCCACCCCUCAUCGUGUUCCUGCUUGCACUCAUUUCCUCCGUGGCAAUUGCACCAACCCAGACUGUCGCUAUGCUCACGUCGCUGUCAAUCCUUCUGCACCUGUUUGUCGGGCCUUUGGCACGAUUGGCUACUGCGAAAAGGGUGCUGACUGCACUGAGCGUCACAUGUUUGAAUGUCCCGAUUAUGCUAACACAGGUGUCUGCCGUAACAAAAAGUGCCGACUUCCACAUGUCGAUACUGCGGGCAAUCUGCGCAAGGCUAAGUUGGCAGAAGCUAAAACAGAAGAGGGGAACACCUCGGAUCUCUCUAGUGAUGAGGAGAGCUAUGAUGGAAUCGACUACGACGAUGUAGAUUCGGACAACUUCAGUGACAAUGAAGUCAUGGGAGGCACCGAGGAGCGCGACCAUGAACUCGCUCAACAACAGGACUAUGUUGGAUUUUCUUGA